AUGCCAGCCUCAAAUCUUGAGUUCUACUUGAUUAAGGCGUACAUCUGUCCAUCCUUGGAUUCUGCCCUCGAAUUCUUCCGAGACUUGGCUAAUACUGUUCUAAGAGUAGUCAAGGAUAUCCCAGAACCCGAGUUUUAUUUCCUUUUAUAUAAUAAUAACACGAUGGGUGAAGAUGUUGACCUUAACUACCAAGACAUAUUUGUCCAAUUGGAUAAGUGCGACAGCAGGUUACGCACAAUUAACGUUCAACUAACUCGAUCUAAGCUGCAAAUAUUGCAAGAUUUGCCCAAUUUCAUGGAGAUGAAGCAAAUCCUUAUUGAGACGUUUAAGAAAUUCAUUUCUCCUGCUGUUUCUGAAUCAAUUGAAUCCUUUGAACAGAUAUUGCAUAAAUUGGUCAUACGUCCAAACAAUGUUUCGAAAUAUGUAGCCUUUUUCACAAACAGUAGUAUCGACCUUCGGCUUAUAUACGAGAAAUUGUCAGCUCUUAUUAGCGAGUUAGACAAAACUGAUUCCAACUUAACAGAAGUUUUGUCGGAAUCAAUCAGAUUUCUGGAUUUCCUUGUUGGUUCCAAAACUUACCAAGAAAAUUCCCCUUUAUAUCAAGAGUACGAAAGAAGAGUCAGAAAUUCUCAAAACCAAGAGUUGUUGGAAUAUCCAGAGUACCUACUUGAGUUGGAUUUCGUUCAAUUGAAUUUGUACGAUGAACUGUAUAAGUCGGCAACCUGUACAAAAAUGAACAAAAAUUUAUUAUCUCUCUAUCAUAUCGCCUACCUAUCCUUGAGAAUGCUUGAUGAACAAGACGAUUUAUGUUUUGGCAUAACGGUUCACUUGAAAAACAGUUGCAAGUCCAGCGUCAACGUUCCAUAUUUAGAAGAUUUGAUUACCAUAAUAAGGGGAUUUAUGGUAACAAAUAGCGAUAAGUCUUACUAUAUCAUUGGAGAAUUGCUAAUCAUGAGAUCGAACGAUUACUCCGUAAUACCGAAUUUAAAACGCCGAAUAAAUUAUAUGCGUGGCAACUUUAUGCAACAUUAUCAAUUAUACACGGUUUUUCGGAGGGUAUUUCAAUUGGUUUGCAAGAAAUCAGAUACAAAUGGUUGGAAUACCUUUAGUUCUUUUGGGGACUACUUUGAUGAUUUCUUUAAACAUUUUAAAUCGCUUGUGGAACUUUUAGACCAUGAUCAGGGUAAUCAUGACAAUAAAACUUUUGAAAAGUUCUUUAACAAUGAUGUCAAGACCAUGGAACUUUACAGAGAAAUUAAAAAGUUGACUGUACUAAGCAAUAAAAUGAGUUCUAUAUUCUGUUCCAAAGUUUCUGAUGAACUAUUUAUGAAGAGAUAA